AGAUAUUAAUGUAUAAUUAGCCUGCUCUCUCUAGCACUUUUGCUGUAUCAUUAUUUCAUUGCUGGAUAUAACUAAAUAUACCUUCACAAAAAUGGCUGAAUCUGGUUCAAUUUCAACUGCUGGUGUUGCUGGAUCAAGUUCAAGUCCACUUGAAAGUUCUUUGGCUGAGGUGAAUGAGCAACUUGUUGACACGCUGCAGGGAUUGAAGGAACUGAAUGCUGGACUUCUGAAGAUGAAGGAACAGCUCAGGAACAUGCGAGUGGUAGCUGCAGAGGAGUUGUUGGAGCUUUCCAUGCUUUACAAUCCUGCCCUGAGGGAAGUUCUUGCAGAGACUUAUCAAGCCUCGUCUCAUGCCCAUAAUUCUGUGGCUGAGAUUUUUAGCAGUGCAAACAAAAAGCUGGAUGACCUUCAAAUCAUGAACGAGAGCACGUUCGAGUCCUUCAAGCAGUGUACUGACAACAUUAAUACUGUCGUUGAUAGCUCGAAUGAAGUCCGACAGCCGAAUAUGGCCGUCCAGCCAAGUCCUGAUGAUGCGCCCCCCAUGAUCCCAUGCGCUGUCGAGCCGAGUGUUGUGGUACAACCCACUGAACUUCACCCUGCGAACGAUGAUCCCUGCGCAGUGCAGGAAAUGGAAGUGGACGUUGAUCCAGUGCAGGGUAAUGAAUGUGACGUGAUUCGUAGUGUUGAGCCAGAAACUCUUCAGCCAAUAGCCGAUGUAAACCAAAUCAAUCAGCCUUUGAAGGAUGUGGUCACUCAAGUGCUGCCUGAAAAUAAUAAUGGCCAAUCGAUUGCAAGCACCAUCAGGCAUGAAGUCAUCAGCAGGUCUGAAGCUUGUGUAGAUCCAAAAACGCUCGUUUUAGAAUCUGAAAAUUUAAUUUGUAGAUCUGAUCCAGAAGCAAUAAUGGUUGAUUCGCUCAACAUGAACAACGAAGGUUUGCAAGGAGAGCUUUUGAGCCCACCUUCACUUGUUCUUGACGAACAAAGUCAUUACGUCUCUAGUCAAGCUCUUGCCAACAAUCCCUGUCCAGAUUCUUCUGAAUCUCAUGCACAGCACGCUUUGCUUCCUGCAAAAAGCGUCGAUCUUCUACAUGAUCCUUCGGCUGCCUGGGAUUUAGGACAUGGCGCUCAUUUACUUGCUCCCUAUAGCAUUGAGGAAGGAGCUACUCCGUUCGAUAAAGGAGAAGAGAAAUCUGCUGAAACCGAAGAAUUUAUUACUUCCAUUCCUAUUGACAACAAUACCGCUGAAGUUCAGGCGUCGAUACCGAGUGAAGACGGAGAGAAGAUGGACGUAGAACUCCUCAGCAAUACAACUACGGAAGUUCACUCCACUGAAUUGACUGAGAGGCAGUCUUGCCCUUUGCUCUUGGGGACCUUGGAUGAGCCAGGGUUUCUUGAAACUGUUGCUGACGAAAACUAUACCAGUGGUGUGAAUGAAAACCGCGAACUUCAUGCAGUUGUACAAAAUAAUUUAUUGGGAGAAAUGAAGGGUGACCUUUCCUCUGAGAAACAUUCAGUAAUUUGCGAUGUGACGUGUGAAACCCAAAUUUCAACCUCGCCUAGAGAUGAAAAUGUCGCUGUGGCAUCUGAUACUGAUCGUGAGCUCCGCGAAACUGUUGUUCACGAGACCAGCGACUACACUUCGAUGACGGAAAUUGAUGCUGUCUCUUCGCAAAAUAUGGCAAGGCUUAACACUGACCGAUUCUCGGCUAGCGACGCGAAUCCUGAAGAGGAGGCUGAAGAUGCUGGCAGUCCUGCUUCACGUCUGCACGCAAUACACUUAAAGGAUGAUAACGUGGAUGUUCUAACUCGAGAACAUGAGGCAAUCAACGCACCAGUCUUGAAUAAUGAGUGACGUUUUUAUUGGAGGCUGUUCAAUCCCGGCAAGUGUGUUUGACCGUUUCGUGAUUACGUUAACCGUUGGAGUUCUGUAGAUUGAAGUUGAUUGGAAUGACAACGUUCUUGGCUUACUAAUAGUCAAGUUGUCAGUCCAAUAUGAUUUUCGUUCUCUCUCAACAAUAAUCAUAGGAUUGUUCAACCAUCCUUUGUUCUUUCUCGACGAUUGUUCAUUAAACUCUCGAUCUUAUUCAUCUACGAUAGUCUUCUUGAAAUUGGCAUAAAUUUUUCUAUAUCAAAAUGGUGGGACUAGAUUGGUUUCAACUCGAAACUAUUUUUUUAUUAGGAAAGUUAACGAACAUCGUUCAACGUCGAGAUCUUAUUUUAUACCGUUCUCUAAACGCCCACUUAUCUUUACGUUUCCUCUUGUACAACGGAUACAGAUUUAAUGUAUUUACAGUUAUUUUAUAUUAAAGGACGACCUUGAACUCUAGAAAAACUUGAAAAUACGAGUUUCGUAAGCAUCAAAUUUUUUCGUAUAAUCUUUACACUCUCAGUGUAAAUUGUUUUGUAUGAUCUAGUUUACCCUAUUGCUGUAAAAUUGUUUUGUAUGAUCUUGUUCACACUAUCGUUCUGUUUAAUUCAGUCCAUCUUCGACUACUCUGUUAGUAGCAGUACUUUAAACUAAUCGAUGAAGUGCUCUACCUUUGAACUCUAUUUCCAGUAGCGUAGCAUACCAUGUUCCAUUCAGUUUUUAAAUAGUUACACUUCCAAGUUCGUUAGACGCUUUCGGGUUAAGUGAAACCGUACAUUAUUACACCGCUGAUACGAUUUAUGUAUUUGAAAUCCUGUUUUGCAUUAAGACUGCUGUUAUUCGGGAUUUAAUUUACUACAUAAAAAAGGAAGGACGUGGCCGUGUUAUUUUCUGUAUCAAGUUUUUCUGAGAUCCAAACGUUUGAGACUCGAUUAGUGUGACGUUCUUCUGAACAUAGAGCCGAGGCGAUUUCAUUGUUGAAUCUUCUGUAUCUUUUUCCUGACUUCAUAUCGUGCUGAUGCAAUUAGCUCACUCAGCUAAUUGCUAAUAUGUAAUUGCUCAGCUAAUAUGCAUUUGAUUUCUAGGAGAAACAAGUAGCUUACAUCAAGUUAAGCGAAUGCUAUGCAACUUGAACGCCUUAGUUUGUGUAUUGACAGGAUGUAUUUGAAAUAAAGUUCGGAAGU